CGCACGCACGCACACAUACACACACACCCUCCUCCCCCACCGCUGCAGUGUCUCAACUGCCUUGGAGCAAACAAGAGAGGAAAUAGAACACAGACAAUAAUAAGAAAGGCGAGAAAGAGGGGAAUAGAAAGAGAGAGAGAGAGAGAGGGUGUGAAAGACAGGAGAAUGUUGGACUAAGGGUGGAGUGCACACAGCCGUUCUCUUCCAGCAAGUGUUUGUCUGCAGUAUCCCUGGUGAAUGGAUGCUGGACGGUGAAACGGUCAGGAACCUCGACAGCACAUCCAAAGUGUCCCAGAACAACACAUGAAGCCUGCAUACUGAUGGAAGGUGGCAAGUCUGCAAGGACACCACUGUCUGCAGGUCUAAAACGGGGACCUUCAGUUUCCUGAGACGCACCACUGCGAGGAGGAAACGGAGCAGAAUAUAGCCCAGAGAGGAGGCAGACAAGGCGUGAAGGACUGCCCUGGAUGACUGCUGUCACCAAGAUAGGGAGCGGUGACAUGAGAGCCAUGAGGGAGGAGAGCGAGGGGGAUUUGCUGCACCUACACAUCAUCCCCGAACACUGUCUUCACUAACACCUCCAUCCCCAUUCCUGCUCCGUAAGUUUCCUCAGGGGGUGACCCCUGAUAUGACCCCCAGCACCUGUGGAAUUAGGCAGUCCAACCCAAGCCCCAGCUCCAGGCUCUAUGUGGGCAUCCCACCAUGUCCUGGUAGAGCUCUGUGCCAACGCCAGUCCCAAAUCCUGGGAUGAACCCACAGAGGACCAACGCACAGCCUCUAGAUCACGAGGAGAAUGAAAUAUUCCUGAGUCAUUCCUGCUCUAUGGUUCUCGUUUCCCUCUGUUUGCUCUGAGUGGAAGGUGUCUCUCUUGCUUCCCAUCAAGCCCCUGCAGCUUUGAAGAUUCCAACGUAAUCCUAUUCCUGCUCUGACAUCCAUCCCUCUCUUCGUUACUCUCUUAUCUCUGUUCCUUUUGAUCUUCCAGAUUAUUUUAGUUUGACCCCCCAUACGCACCCCCUUUUGCCACCCGACACGUUCUCCUCUGUGAUCACCACGUUUUCCUCGGUGUUCACCGCGUGGCAGACGACCAUGGGUUGCCGGCAGAGUUCGGAGGAGAAGGAGGCGGCGCGGCGCUCCCGGCGGAUCGACCGCCACCUGCGUUCGGAGAGCCAGCGGCAGCGGCGCGAGAUCAAGCUCCUUCUGCUGGGCACCAGCAACUCUGGCAAGAGCACCAUCGUCAAGCAGAUGAAGAUCAUCCACAGUGGAGGCUUCAAUCUGGACGCCUGCAAGGAGUACAAGCCCCUCAUCCUUUACAACGCCAUCGACUCGCUCACACGCAUCAUCCGUGCCCUGGCCACGCUCAAGAUCGACUUCCACAACCCCGACCGUGCCUAUGACGCCGUGCAGCUCUUCGCCCUAACCGGUCCGGCCGAGAGCAAAGGGGAGAUCACAGAGGAGCUGCAGGGGGUCAUGAAGCGCCUGUGGGCCGACUCAGGCGUGCAGGAGUGCUUCUGCCGCUCCAACGAGUACCACCUGGAGGAUAACACUGCCUACUAUCUGAACGACCUGGACCGCAUCUCCUCCAACGAGUUCAUCCCCACCGUGGAGGACAUCCUGUGCUCCCGCGACAUGACCACGGGCAUCGUGGAGAACAAGUUCACCUUCAAGGAGCUCACCUUCAAGAUGGUGGACGUGGGGGGGCAGCGCUCGGAGAGGAAGAAGUGGAUCCAUUGCUUUGAGGGCGUGACCGCCAUCAUUUUCUGUGUGGAGCUAAGUGGCUAUGACCUCAAGCUAUACGAGGACAACCAGACGAGUCGUAUGGCAGAGAGCCUGCGUCUGUUUGACUCCAUCUGCAACAACAACUGGUUCACCAACACCUCACUCAUCCUCUUCCUCAACAAGAAGGACCUGUUGGCCGAGAAGAUCAAGCGCAUCCCUCUGACUGUGUGCUUCGCCGACUACAGAGGUCAGAACACCUACGAGGAAGCGGCAGUCUACGUGCAGCGGCAGUUCGAGGACCUCAACCGCAACAAGGAGACCAAGGAGAUUUACUCGCACUUCACCUGCGCCACAGACACCAGCAACAUCCAGUUUGUGUUCGACGCCGUCACGGACGUGAUCAUCCAGAACAAUCUCAAGUACAUUGGGCUGUGCUAGGACUGGGGAUAGGGUGGGGAGGGGAGAGAGGGCUGCAUGGCAGCAGUAGACCCAUUCGCUACCAGGCCCGUUACACACAAAGCCUGUCUGUCAGUCUCUAUGAGGAAGUGUAGGAAAGAGAGAACCUGCAAGGUGGAGCAAGGGGGUUGGGAUUGUCAGAGACGGCUAUAGGAUCAACUGAUCUGCUUGAAAUAUUAGAGUUGAGGGUCAAAGGUCAAGAUGGGAUUUACCCAAGGUCAGCAUAAAUGUGUUUGCACUGAAUAUAUGAGUAUGUAGAGACACACACACACACACACACAUGCUUAUGUUUGCUCACACACAAGGACUUGGGAUCAACUGUCAAGCACUUGUUUGGCGUGGAAACAAUGGAAACUGAAGACAACCCCUACCCUCUGCCUGCCAAACCUGGUAUUGAACAGGAGUUCUUGACUGGCAGUUUCAGAGUUACGUUUGUCAUUUUAGGUUGUUUGAUUUGCCUCAGUCAAUUAAUGCUGCUUUGCGAAAAUCAAUAAAUUCCUGUGGAUUUUCCCCUAGAAAGCUUUUACCUGGCAAGGUAUAGGGAGAUGGUGAGUCACAGGUGUCCUGGGAAAAUAGUUGGAGGACAUGACUUAUGUCACAGGGUUUCUAUCCAAAGGAGAAAACUGCCACAGUUGAAAGCUGAAGUAAAGGGUAUUUUCUACACACACUGUAUCUCAUUUCUUGAGGGCUAAAUGGCUCUUUAAGGUUAUCUGUUGUCCCUCUUCAUUUUGUUUUCUGUUUUUUUUUGUUUAAAAAAAAUGUAUGUUUGUCAAACCUGCCCCUUAGAGCAGGUCUCUGACCUGCCAGGAGAGUGUUACACUCCAUAGAGUGGGAUGGUGUUCUCUAAGAUCAUUCCAGUUUCCAGCAACAAAGACAUCAAAAACAGUGCCAAUUUUAGUGUAAAUAAAAACAGAUCCCAUCAAUAAAUGUUGGUUUUAUUGACAGAAACAUUAAAACAUGCAUGAUUUUGUUAAUUGGGAUAUUGAUCAUUUUUUUUAUUUUGGAUUUGUUUUCUGUUAUUUUAGGUUUAACUAAUAUAUUCCCUGAAAUAUAUAUACAAGUCAAACACUGUGUACGAUUGUACAGCUGUUGUCUAAGAGGAAUUUAUUGAAAAGAGUACUAUAAAUUGAGAUUAUGAUGAAGAUGGUGACGAUGAUGACGCCAAUGGCAAGCUCAUUACAAACCCAGCAUGAGAUGAUAGAGUGGGUCGGGGGGGGGGGGGGGGUUAAAGGGAAAAAAGUUUGAAGACUGCAAAAAAUAUGAAUGCGAAAAAACAAACGCUUCAGUUUAAGCCUCCUUGCGCUAUCUACAUGGUAAUUGUUAUACAGUGGGUAUGAUGUGUAAAUAUACUGUAAGGUUCACUCUGUUAAAACAAUAAAUAAAAGGUUGAGCUGGAAUACUGUAAGUGAGAGAGAGAGAAUGUGAGAGUGAGAGAAAGAGAGAAUGUGUGUGAGAGAGAGAGAGAAUGUGAGAGAGAGAGAGAGAGAGAGAGAGAGAGAAAGCCCUGCUCUACUUCUCUCCUCCAACCCUCACCUUUUCAGCGAAGAGGAAACAACUCAGCUAAGGGCUUCAGGCUUGACUUUACAGGAUGUUCACUUCAACAAAAAACAACCAAUUUAGCCAAACAAUAAAAAUAAUAAAUAAAAUGAAUUAUGCAAAUU